AUGGACCGACAUGCGUGGGUCAAUUUCGCCUGCCGCGGCUCGCAGAACCCGCGCGACGCGACGAAGAGCGCGUUCCAUCUCUACGACAGUCCACUCCCGCUGAAGGAUCUCAUGCAAACGGUCGCAGACGGCGCAGAACUUGCGUUGCUCUCGGCCUGCCAGACGGCGACUGGGGACGAGAAGAACCCGGAGGAAGCCGUACACCUUGCGGUGGGUAUGCUCGCCGUUGGCUUCAAAGGCGUGAUCACGACGAUGUGGUCGAUAGGCGACGCAGAAGCGCCGAUCUUAGUCGAGGCAUAUUACAAGAAGUUGUCGGAGCUUCAGACAACGGGUGCGGUCGGACAAGGGGCAACGGGCGCGGCGUAUGCGCUGCAUGAGGCGGUGAAGGCUCUGAGGGAGCGCGCCGGGCGGAAGAAUAUCUUGAAAUAA